AAAAGAGUUGAGCUUUUGUUGUCUUUCGAAUCAAUCAUGAGACUCAGAUCUCUCAUCUCUCUCCUCUUCCUCCUCUUCCUCACUUCAUCUGCCUACGCUCGACUCGUCUCCGUUCGUCCAUCUUCCACUGAUCUCAUCAUCUCCGAUGGAAUCAACGGUGGAAAUCUCGCUUUGGUCUCGGCUGAAGAGAAAGAGGAAGCUUGUGAACAGACCUACGGGUUCAUGCCGUGUACUAAGACGGCGCUUGGGAACGUUUUCUUGAUCUUGGUUUAUGGAUUUCUCAUGUUCACGGCGGCGACGUAUCUCUCCGCCGGAAGUGAGCUUUUGCUCGAGAUCUUGGGACCUGGGAUCGUCGGUGGUUUGUUUCUUCCCAUGCUCGGAGCACUCCCUGACGCUAUGCUUAUUAUGGUGUCUGGACUCUCAGGAGACGCGGCAACUGCACAAACCCAAGUCUCAGUGGGAAUGGGUUUGCUCGCUGGCUCCACCGUUAUGCUCCUCACUGUAAUCUGGGGAACUUGCACUGUUGUCGGCAAGUGUGACCUUCGUGACAACAUUGCUGUUAACAACCAAGACACCAAAGGCUUCCAUCUCAAAGAUUCUGGUGUAACUGUUGAUGUUUGGACCAGCUACGCUGCAAGAAUAAUGGCUAUUUCGGUUAUUCCAUUCAUCAUUGUCCAGCUUCCUCAGAUGUUGGACUCAACUUCUGGUAGACACUUGGCUGUGUUGGUUGCUCUAAUCCUCUCUGUUGUAAUGUUGAUCUCUUACUGUGUAUAUCAGGUCUUCCAACCAUGGAUCCAAAGGAGACGGCUCGCUUUCGCCAAGCACAAGCAUGUUAUAUCAGGAAUCUUAAAGCACUUGAAACAACAUGCUUUGGGUAGGCUUCUUGAUGAUGAAGGCCAGCCUGAUGAACAUGUCAUCCGAAAGUUGUUUGAGACGAUUGAUGCAAACAAGGACGGACACUUGUCAGCAGCUGAGCUUAAGGCUCUUAUCAUUGGGAUCAGCUUUGAGGAUAUAGAUUUUGAUAAAGAUGAUGCUGUGGGGAAAGUUUUACAAGAUUUCGACAAGACUCUGGAUGAGCAAGUUGAUCAAGAAGAGUUUGUCCGCGGGAUUAAGCAUUGGCUUAUUCAGGCAAUGGGAGCUGCUGGUCCUUCUGGUCCUGACGCCGGUCCCCGGACAAUGAAGUUCCUUGACCAUUUCCAUGUGCAAACAAAGAGAGAGCAUGCUUUGUUGGGAGACAAUGAGAAUGGUGAGAAUGAUGAGGAGUCAGGGGAGGUUGCGGACCCGAAAUGGAUCACCAUUAAAGCAGCUUUACUGCUACUGUUGGGAGCAGCCAUUGCAGCUGCGUUUGCUGAUCCUUUGGUGGACACAGUUAACAACUUCUCAGCAGCCACAGGGAUCCCAUCUUUCUUCAUCUCCUUCAUCGCUUUGCCUUUAGCAACCAACUCAAGUGAAGCCGUCUCUGCCAUCAUCUUCGCCUCCAGGAAAAAGAUCAGAACAGCCUCCUUAACUUUCUCUGAGCUAUGUGGUGGAGUGACAAUGAACAACAUUCUGUGUCUCUCGGUGUUCUUAGCGAUCGUCUACCUUAGAGGAUUGACAUGGAACUUCUCAUCAGAAGUGUUGGUGAUUCUCAUUGUUUGUUUGGUGAUGGGAGGUUUCGCUAGCUUCCGCACAACGUAUCCGCUCUGGACAUGUUUCAUUGCGUACUUGCUUUACCCGUUCUCUUUGGGUCUGGUCUAUAUUCUCGACUACUGGUUUGGCUGGUCAUAGGCCAAAGGGGUUGUUUGUGCACAUGAGGGAGAUUGUUCUUGCGUGUUCCUUUUCUUUUUCUUUAUGUUAUGUAAGUAAGAGUGUUGAAACUUGAAGUAAAAGUUGUGAGAUUGUUAGCGAUGAUGUGUUUGAAACACUCUUGUUAAAGCUAAUAAAUACCUGUCUUGUUUCUUUGGUA